AUGACCGACAGAAAGCCCCUCACAAAUCUCGAAACCACCUUCUCGCAUCUGCUCGCUCGCCGGCACUCCCGCUCUCUUCUCCGCCGCCUUACCAUUGCUCCUCCUGGCACUGUCGACUUCUCCUCCAACGACUAUCUCUCCUUGUCAACGCAUCCCGAGAUCCGUUCCACAUUCCUCUCUCUUCUCCAGGCCCCUCAACCCAUCACUCCACCACCCUCUAUCACUGGCACCUCCAAUCCCAAUGCCCCCUCCCAGCCACCACCAAUCGGAUCCCGCGGCUCCCGUCUCCUCGACGGCAACCAUCCUCUCACCGUCUCCCUCGAAUCUCUGAUUUCCACUCACCACCGCUCUCCCUCCGGCCUGCUCUUCAACUCCGGCUUCGAUGCCAACGUCGGGCUCUUCUCGACGCUGCCGCAGCCCUCCGACGUCAUCGUCUACGACGAGCUGAUCCAUGCGAGCGUGCACGACGGGAUGCGGCUAUCGCGUGUAGCUGCACCUCGCCGGCUGGCCUUCGCGCACAACGAUGUAGGCGGGCUGCGGCGAGUGUUGGAAGGCAUUGUUGGUGAUCGUGAAGUAGGAGAGAAGGUUCGCGCAGGCAAGGCCAACGUCUUCGUUGCGGUAGAGGCGGUGUAUAGUAUGGAUGGAGACGUGGCGCCUCUGCGAGCGAUGCUGGACUUGGUUGAUGAGAUGCUACCGAAGGGCAACGGCUAUGUCAUUGUAGACGAGGCGCACGCGACGGGGGUGUUUGGCGGAGCGGGAGGGCGGGGAUUGACGUGCGAGUUGGGAGUGGAAGACAGGGUAUUUGCGCGUGUUGUUACGUUUGGGAAGGCACUGGGUAGCCAGGGUGCAAUCGUCCUCUGCAGCCCCAUCACCCGUUCCUACCUCAUCAACUACGCCCGCACCCUCAUCUACACGACCGCCCUAUCCCACCCCUCCCUAGCCAGCAUCGCCGCCACCUACGACUUCCUCAUCGCCGGCAAAACCACUCCACUCCUCACCCACCUCCACACCCUCAUCCGCACAACCCACGCCCUCCUAACCGCCCUCAUCGCCCGCCUACCCCCCAACACCACCACCACUCCUCUCCUCUCCCUCGCCCCCUUGCCCGCCAACCCCUCCCCCAUCGUCCCCCUCUUCACGCCCCACCCGCGCGCCCUCGCCGCGCACUGCCAGGCGGCGGGCUACACGGUGCGGGCGAUCGUGGCGCCGACGGUGCCGCACGGGGCGGAGCGGGUGCGCGUGUGCCUGCAUGCGGGCAACACGGUCGAAGAGGUCAGGGGGCUAGUUAGGGCCGUGGAGGGCUGGGUGGAGGCGAGGUUGAAGGAGGAAGGGGGGGUCGGAGGAGGAGGGGUCUUGUUGCCGUCGUCGUCGUCGUUGUCGUCGGAAGAGGAGAGGGUUGGAGGAGGAGGAGGGUCGGUAGUGGCAGGUAGGGCGGUUCUGGAGAAGGCGAGGUUGUGA